UUCUUUUUUAUAUAGAUUCGAACUGCCAUAACACGAUUAAUAGAAACUGAUUAAUUGUACCGAUGCCUAAUAUAAAAGGAUCUCUUGAAAAUUUACGUCGUCAAUUACGCUCAAUUCGAUUUAAUCAUGAUGUCAGUUUUCAAGGGAUGAUAUCGGGUCAGCCAUCUGCAUUUGUCGAGUUUUAUCGUCAUUUACUUUGUGACUUCAAUUCAAAAGUGACCAGUCACCUGGUUGAGCUCGGAUUUGGAAUGCUCGGGACAACAGACAAAAGAUUUAUGGAAGUCCUUUAUCGGAUUCUGCGAGAUGUCUUCUCUUUUCGACCACCUAUUACAACGGUACAAUUUUUUACAACCGGAUUCGCUGAACGUAAAAUUGAAAUGGCUACUACUGUUGCCUUCCAUAUAGGAUCUUUAAUUAAAAAUCAAGAUAAAAAUAGAAUACAUUUCAAUGAUCAUCAUCAGCGAUUACAUGAAAAUCGAAAUAAUCAUAAUAAUCAUAAUCAUAAUGAUCAUAUCAAAACUAAUUCAAACACUCAGAUGCCUUCAAUGUUACCCGGUGUUUCAUGGCAUCGAUCGGCUGAGCGAAGCGUUGAAAAAUUACCGGUAUCAUGUCAUAAUAGUAAAUGUGUACAUUACAGUGAAAAAAAUCCUCUAAUCAACAAUGAAAUUGAUUGUUGUCCUGUUUUAAAUGAUCAUAAAACAACUGUUCUAGGUGGAGAAUAUUCACGAGAAUCUCAUCAUAGUGAUAACUAUCGUGAUGUAAAUGAAAAAGAGGCAAAGUUUAACAAAACAAAAACUUUGAAUACUGAGGAUUAUUCACGUGAUCAAUUUGACAAAUUCAAAAACGACUAUGAUCAGUAUAAAUUUGUCUCUUGUUCUCAUCAUUUAUUGGACAAUAACUAUCCACCACGUCCUUAUACAUCUAAUGCACUAUAUGAAAAUAGUAUGAAAUUAUCCGAUUAUAAAUUGACCGCUACAACUACUUCUACUACAUCUAUCAAUAAGAUGAAUAAUACAACUUCAAUGGUACCAAUAAGAUCAUUUGAUUGUUUAAAUGAUUUGAAGCAACAUUCAAAAGAAAAUUAUUAUACUUCAUCAUCAUUCACACCUCAUCAUAACGAUAGUAAUACUAAUAAUGAACAUCUAUUACUCAAAGGUAAUAAUAAUAUCGCUUCAGUAAUUAGUCAUCAAAGUAAUCAGUCUAAUUCAAUAAAUCCUGAAGAUAUUCAAAAUAUAAUGAAUUCAUUGUCUCAAUUGACUGGUAAAGUGAAUGGUAUGCUUGCACGCAUAAAUAAAUUAGAAAGUAAACUAACAUAUAUUGAACCGGAUUGUUCGUUUAAUCAUCGUUUAAGAACAUAUAGUGAAAAUACUGCUGGUUCAUAUCAACAUCAUACAGAUUCAAAUGAUAUUUAUGGAAGUCGAAAUAUUGUCAAACCUACAACUUUACCUACCAGUUUUGUCCCAGGAAAAUAUAAUAGUUGUUUGCCAAUGAACUUAACAGAUUCAUUUGUUGUCAUAUCUAAUGAUGAUAGUUCUACAUUGGAUACGUUAACUGAAACUAAAGGUACAUUUGUCACAACAAUAACCACUACUAAUAGUAUAAUGUCAUCGUUAACAAUGACAACAGCUACGACAACCACCACUUAUGGUGUUACAUCAUCAUAUAUUGAUCGUCAUUAUAAUAAUAAAUUAUCUGAAUCUCUUUUAUCAAAGCCUAAAUAUUUGACAUCAUCAAAAUUAAAUAUACAAGAUAAUGACAAUUAUGAUCGUAAUUAUUCAGUUGCUGCUAAUAACCAAACUAUGAUGAGUAAAACAGAAAAUCGGGACACAAAAAUUCCUAUCAAUGAUGAUUAUCUAUUGAUUAAACAUGUACCGAAUACUUUUCAUGAUUCAUAUAAAUUCACUGAAAAUCUUCAUGAUUUAUUAAAUCAACAUGAAAUUUUAGACUCAAUUCAUUCUAAAAAUUCUGGAUCUUUGAAAACUAUCAAUCAUCGAUCGUCUAAAUUAUUUGAUCCCAACACUUGCUCAUCAGUCGAUUUAGAUCUACAAUCUGAAAUUUCAUCUCCAUUCAGUAUUAAAAAUUCCGUAUCACCAUUUCGUUCCAAAUCAUCCUCUGAUUAUUAUGUGAAAUAUGCUAAAUCUAAUCCAGUCGAGAAUUCUUAUCAACAUAAAAUGACGAUACCUUCAUUAACAUUAAAUUUAUCCUGUAAAUCUGUUCAACCAAAAGUUUCAACCAAUCAGAAUGCUGAGGCUUCAUACCGUGCUCAAGUGGAACGUAUUACCAAUAUGCUUGCUGAAACACAAAAUCUUCUUCAAGAACAUUCUCCUGUUGUUAAAAUGAAUGAAAUGCUUAAUGGUAAUCAAAAUAAUAACAAUGAUUAUCACAAAAAUAAUACUAAUAAUAUCACAAGUAAUGAUGAUAAUUGUAAUAAUGCAGUUAUGUUAAAAGCAUAAAAGAAAUCAGACUUAGUAGGUUGUUUAAUUCAGCACCAUAGUUGUCUUAGACUGUUUUCAUAUAACUUAUGAUUCAUUGUUUGGUUGUCUAAUUGAAACACAAGUUUUACUGUUGUCAUUAUUCACCUUUUUGUGUGUAUGUGCGUAGGAGAGAGAGAGAGAAUCCAUUUAGUUCUUUUUGUGAUUAUUUUAAAUGAAAGAAGAACACAAGUGAAUUGAUUAUAUCAUCAUACAGAAUAAAAUCCACUCAUCGUCAUCAUUGUUAUAUUCUAUGCAACAAACCUACUUCAUAUCAACUUACAAAUGAUCUACUUUCAAAAGUAAACAGCAAACAAAACUGUGAUUAUCAACAUGUUUUCAUUUGUUUUUUUAAAAGAAAUUUUAAAUCGAACAUCAAGUGUCGACAAAUAAGACUUGCAACAAUCUUGUUACGAAUUCGUAAUAUUGAAAAUAUAUCAAAUAUGGUUGCUGCAUUUUUCUGCUGUACCAAAUCUCUCAUUCAAUCCAUUGAUAUAAUGUAGUGUGUUUGCAAAUUGUUUUUUUUUAAAAAAGACUUUUUUGAAUAAAAUAUUGUUAUAUUUUUUACAAUUUUGUUCAAUAAUGGUAGAUGUUGUUAAAUCGGUUUUAAGUUUUUGUUAAUUUAACCUUUUUUUUAUCUUGUGCGUGCUUCCCAAGUAUACUCAACUAUUCAUCUUUGGAUUACUGUUAUUAUUAUUAUUAUUAAUAUUUGAAAAUACCUCAUCCUUUUCUGGAAACAUUCUUUUCAUUUUGUGUUUGAUGAUAAUAUUAGUGACCUAUGAGACCCGGUCCUAUUUUUUUUUUGUUAAUAUGAAUACCAUUGUUUUACUAUGUUCUUCAAUUACUUUUUUUGGUUUUCUUAACUGUUUUAUUAUGAUCUCAUAAACAAAUUCCAGAUGAGUUUGAUAUUAUGUUUCACACAGUAUAAAAUAUUUCUGCAGUUAUUUAAAUUUUGUACCGUUGUUUUACUUCUUCUCAAUAGGAUUAUAGUAUUUCUAUUCACUUUUGUUUGUGUAAAAUAAUUAACAUAAAAG